CACACACAUACACACACACAAACUUUAUUUUUUUUUCCCUCUGUGUGGGUGUUAUGCAUCAAAAUCAUCAUGUGAUGGAUUAAAGUUGCGUUUUCAAUAUUAUCCCCUUCUUUUUUUCUCAUUUUCUUUUUUCGCCCUUUUUCCUUCUCUUUUCCAAUUCUUUAAAGUAUGACAACAACAGUGACAACAGCCAGUUCUAUUAUAGGCUAUAAAGUUGGAAACAUUUAUAAAAUAGGUGCCAAGAUUGGUUCAGGCUCAUUUGGAGAGAUUCACAGAGGCAUUGACGAAAAAUCAGGAGAAGAAAUCGCUAUAAAAUUAGAAAAAGUAACGGCCAAACACCCUCAAUUGGAAUAUGAAUAUCGUGUAUAUAAGGCAAUCGGUAGUGCCACAGGCAUACCCAGAGUUCGACAUUUUUCGACAGAGUACAAUUACAACAGCAUGGUUAUGGAUAAACUAGGACCAUCACUUGAGGAUUUGUUUAAUUUCUGCAAGAGAAAGUUCUCACUUCCGACAGUAAUUAUGUUGGCAGAUCAAAUGAUUACAAGAAUCGAAUAUUUACACUCGAAAAAGUUUAUUCACCGUGAUAUUAAACCAGAUAACUUCCUGAUGGGUUUAGAUGGUCAUAACUACCUUGUUAAUUUGAUAGAUUUUGGAUUGGCCAAAAGAUAUAGAGACUCCAAGACAAAUGCACAUAUACCAUGGAGAGAAGGAAAAAACCUGACAGGAACAGCAAGAUAUGCCAGUAUACACACCCAUCUUGGACGAGAGCAAUCUCGCAGAGAUGACUUGGAGUCACUCGGCUAUGUGCUUGUCUAUUUUUAUCGAGGCUCUUUACCUUGGCAAGGUUUGAAAGCCAAGACAAAAAAGCAAAAGUAUGACAUGAUCAGUAACAGAAAAGUAACAACGCCACUUGAUAAACUAUGCAAAGGAAUGCCGUUUGAAUUCAUGACGUAUCUUGACUACACUCGCAAGUUAACCUUUGAAGGACAGCCAGACUAUAACUUUUUGCGUGAUUUAUUUAGAAAGGUUGCCAUUCGUGAAGGCAUCGUCCUUGAUUUCCAGUUUGACUGGUUAAUAUUUAUGAUGGAAAAGGAUAACAAGAUUAAAGGCAUAAGUACAAUGGAUACAAACAAGCUUGUCGUUCCUCAACAGCAAGUUAUUUAAUACACGUGAUCUCUGCUUGAAUUUUUACUUUUUUUUUUCUUCUCUCUCUUUCUCUUCUCUUUUCUUCUUUCAUAAACA